AUUUUAGGAGGAAUGCAAUGCAAAACCGCGUUGGGACAGUGCCACCAAAAGCACUUGAAGUUUGAUGGGGAGUUUCGUAGGAUCCUUCCUCUGCUUUUGCAUUCCCAAUACCUUCAUCUUCUCUCUAUAAAUUACACUCAAAAUCCCAUCGCAACUCACAAUCAUUCAAUCAUUGGAUCAUUCAACCACAAAUGGCUUCCACAACUCUGCUUCUUGUUACCCUCUUUGUCUCUGCCUCCCUUGUUGCUCUCUCUUCAGCCAACUUCAACCAAGAUUUUCAAAUCACGUGGGGAGAUGGGCGAGCCAAGAUUGUCAACAAUGGCGAACUCCUCACUCUCUCCCUGGACAAGGCCUCAGGCUCCGGCUUCCAGUCUCAAAACGAAUACUUGUUUGGAAAGAUUGAUAUGCAACUCAAGCUUGUGGCUGGCAAUUCCGCUGGCACUGUCACUGCCUAUUAUUUGUCUUCGAAGGGAUCCACAUGGGAUGAAAUAGACUUCGAGUUCUUGGGGAAUCUAAGUGGCGACCCUUACACUCUUCACACCAAUGUGUUUAGCCAAGGCAAAGGCAACAGAGAGCAACAGUUCCAUCUUUGGUUCGACCCCACUGCUGAUUUCCACACUUAUUCCAUUCUUUGGAACCCCACUCGCAUUAUAUUUUCUGUGGAUGGAACUCCAAUAAGAGAAUUCAAGAACUGGGAAUCUAACGGCGUGCCAUUUCCUAAGACCCAGCCAAUGAGGAUAUACUCGAGCUUAUGGAACGCGGACGAUUGGGCAACCAGAGGAGGGCUGGUGAAGACGGACUGGACAAAGGCUCCUUUCACUGCUUCCUACAGAAACUUCAAGGCCGAGGCCUGCGUUUGGUCGUCGGGGGGCUCUUCUUGCAGCAGCCCCCCCUCGGGGUCGGGGAAUGCCAUUGCCAAGAACUCAUGGCUGUCCCAAGAGAUGGACUCUGCAAGUCAAGAGAGACUGAAAUGGGUGCAGAAGAAUUAUAUGAUUUACAACUAUUGUACGGACACCAAGAGGUUUCCUCAAGGCCUCCCUACAGAGUGCAGCUUGCCAUAGACACUGUUUUUGAUCUUUUCCCUUUAUGGGUUUAGCCUACGUUUAAAUUUUAUUCAUUUUUUCGUUUUGGGGUUAUGUAA